AUGGCAAAUAAUAGCAUUCUCCAAGUCUUUGUUGUUUUUCUCAUUGCGCAAGUCUGCUUGCUCAUGAUGAUUGCAGCACAGGUAGCACAGGCAGCCGGCAGGCUUAUGGGAUACAACCCAGUUUGCUGCCCUAGGGACAUCUAUUGUUGUGGGCUCGGUGGCGUGAUGGCCAAUGGAACCGCAUCCUCCAUGAAGCCUUGA